AUAGGGUGAUUCCUUCAUCCCGAAGUAAAGAACUCGACUUAGGAUGAACGCUCACCGGCAAUAGCCGGUAACCCGAUCUUCCUUUUAAAACCCUAAAUAACUAACUCAAAUCUCUCCUUUCAAACUCCCAAAAUUUUCAAAAUUUUGGAAUCUCUCACCCCUGUUAAUUUCUUCAUUUUCGAAUCUCUCAAUCAAGAAGAAGCAACAAUGGGAGGCUCUCAUAGUCGCGAGGGUCUUGAUCUCUCCUCCGACGAAGAAGUAGAGCAAGAAGAAGAAGAAAGCGAUGAACAGUACGACGACGCCGAAGAAGAUCGGGAAGAGAGGCUGCGGAGGCCUUCUCCGAGCAAAGGCAAAACCGUAACCCCAGUUGAUGAAUUGGACGCCAAGCUAAAGGCUCUGAAGCUGAAAUACGCCUCCCAGAGCCCUAAUUUGAAGAACGCUGCGAAGCUCUAUCUUCAUAUUGGUGGGAACACCCCGAAAGCCAAGUGGAUCGUCUCUGAGAAGCUCGCUUCGUACGCCUUCGUGAAGACUAGUGGAACUGGCGGUGCCGAUGCUGAUGAUGAUGAUGAUGAUGACGACGGUGAGGCGUCCGUCGGUGGAAUGGAUGCGUUUUGGGUUUUGAAGGUGGGUUCGAAAAUUCGGGUUAGGGUUUCUACGGAUAUGCAGUUGAAGAUGUUUGGGGAUCAGCGGCGGAUUGAUUUUGUGUGUGAUGGAGUGUGGGCGAUGAAGUUCCUUACGGAUGAGGAGUAUCGGAGUUUCGUCACCAAGUUUCAAGAUUGUUUGUUUGAGAAUGUGUACAAGCUUAAGGCGACGGAAGAGAAUAAGAUUAAGACUUACGGGAAGGACUUUAUUGGGUGGCUGAAGCCAGAAGCUGCAGAUGACACCAUGUGGGAGGAUGCAGACGAUUUUGAUUUGAAGAGUCCGGGGUCGGCAACAACUCCGGGGAGGUUGAACCAAGAUUUGUUGGAGGAGUUUGAGGAGGCGGCUACAGGCGGUGGGAUACAGAGCUUGGCUUUGGGUGCGCUGGAUAAUAGUUUCUUGGUGAGUGAUUCUGGAGUUCAGGUUGUAAAGAAUUUUAGCCAUGGAGUUCAUGGGAAAGGGGCUUAUGUGAAAUUUGAUGGCGGGAAAAGGGGCAGGAGUAGUUCAAGUUUGGGGCAUUCGACCCCGAAGAAGGCACUGUUAAUGAGGGGUGAAACAAAUAUGUUGCUUAUGAGCCCUUUUAAGGAAGGGAAUCCCUACUCAACAGGGCUUCAUCAGCUUGACAUUGAGACAGGGAAGGUUGUUACGGAAUGGAAGUUUGAAAAGGAUGGAGCAGAUGUAACAAUGAAGGAUAUAACAAAUGAUACAAAAGGGUCACAAUUGGAUCCGUCAGAAUCAACAUUUUUGGGGUUGGAUGACAAUAGAUUAUGUCAGUGGGAUAUGCGUGACCGGAAAGGAAUGGUGCAGAGUCUUGCAACAGCUAAUUCACCCGUGUUACAUUGGACUCAAGGCCACCAGUUCUCCAGAGGGACGAAUUUUCAGUGCUUUGCAAGCACAGGGGAUGGUUCCAUUGUGGUUGGGUCUCUUGAUGGAAAGAUUCGGUUAUAUUCAAAAACUUCCAUGCGGCAGGCAAAGACAGCAUUCCCGGGGCUUGGUUCGCCCAUCACUCAUGUGGAUGUUACUUACGAUGGGAAGUGGAUAUUAGGCACCACAGACACCUAUUUGAUCCUUAUCUGCACACUGUUUACUGACAAAGAUGGGAGGACGAAGACUGGUUUUAGUGGUCGUAUGGGGAACAGGAUCCCAGCUCCAAGAUUGUUGAAGCUGACACCUGUGGAUUCACAUACGGCUGGGGCAAACAAUAAGUUUCAUAGAGGCCAAUUUUCCUGGGUAACAGAGAAUGGGAAACAAGAGCGGCAUCUAGUGGCAACAGUGGGCAAGUUCAGCGUGAUAUGGGACUUUCAGCAGGUGAAGAACAGUGCGCACGAAUGCUACAAGAAUCAGCAAGGCCUCAAGAGCUGUUACUGUUAUAAGAUUUUGCCUAGGGAUGAGUCUAUUGUGGACAGCCGCUUCAUGCAUGAAAAAUUUGCAGCUAGUGCCUCCCCUGAAGCUCCCCUUGUGGUGGCAACCCCUCUGAAAGUCAGCUCCUUCAGCAUUGCUGGCAGACGAUGACGUUCCUCCUCUCCCUACUUGUUUACAUGUUUGUUUUUCUAUUUUCUAUUUCUUUUCUUUCCCCCUGGGCAAGUGUCUUGUAUUUAUACUAGUGUGUUCCUAUUUGGUAGGCUUGAAUUCCCUCUGUUCAUUUGUAUUUUCAUUUUGUUCUUUGUUAUAGUUGAUCCUGGCUUCUGUGUAUUUUUAAUCCCUACUCGUUUUGUGGUACAGACACAAAUAAAAACCUGGGUUAAGAAUGCA